AUGUUUCUUGAUGAGUAUAUCCCCGACUCCAUUCGAGAUGACAAGAGAGAGGAGUUCAUGAAAUUGAAGCAGGAGUGGGGGCAGACUGUCGCUGAAUACACUGAGCAAUUUAAGAAGUUGUGCAAAUAUGCUGAUCCCGCAUACCGAACAGCGACAGGGAUGCGAGAUCGCUAUAUUCGAGGCUUGAAAGCAGAAAUUAAGAAAUGUAUGGGAGAAGCGGAGAGGAUAUCUCAAUCCAUAGCUUAUCGGGCUGCCCUUCGCAUCGAGAAGGAUGAGAAGAUGGCUCAGGAAGAGAGGGCUGCUAGAUUCGAUGUUCGAAAGAGGAAAGAGUCCACCUACUCGGGGAGCCAGACUCUCUCAACUCACCCUUCUAAGAGAGGACCUGGUUCUACCCUCCAGCUGCCUUCCCAUAGCAAGGCAGGCUCUAACAGGAGUGCACCCACGCAGUACCAGACACAGUACCCGCUCUGUCAAUUUUGUGAGAAGCAUCAUCCGGGGGAGUGCAGGUUCAAGCUAGGCCUCUGCUUUGGAUGUGGUCAGCCGGGGCAUAAAAAGGCCAAUUGUCCACGAUUCACGGGACGAACUAUGGCCGUAUCUGAGCCUUCGGUUGGUGGAGGAAGGAUGCAAUCAAGCGGGAGAUUCAAUGAUAAAGCUAGCAGGCAACCCAGACUCUUUGCUAUGGGGAGAAAAGAAGCUAACGCAGCCCCAGAGGUUGUGACUGGAGCUGCUGGAAACCAGGAGCUUGUAGACCACCUACAGGUGCACAGUUGCUGUUCAGGAUGUCAUCAGAGGGGUUAG